UAAAGUUUGGAAAGACAUUCAGACGGGGUUCAUUGUGCCGGACACCUUCAAACAUGAUUGUCUCAUCCUAGCUGGGAAGUUAAUGAAAGACUUCAAGAAUAGGAUGACAAAAGACAUCAUAAUGCCCGCGUUGAAAGAGAAUGAUCUGGGACGACUGGCACAAGUCCCUGAAAAGCACCCGGAGAUCGACGCUGCUGAUUGGUGCAAAUUUGUUGAAAGUAGACUAACUCCUGAAUUUCUGGAAUUGAGUAAGGUGCAACGUGAACGUUCCUCAAAAAUUCAAUCCAGACAUCGAAGUGGUCGGAGUGGAAUGGUGAACGUACGGGAAGCUGUGAAAAAGGACCUCGAAGUUGCAGAUCCUCCCCGCCACCGUGUUUGGAUUAAAUCUCGCACCAAGAGUAGAAAACUUGUCACUGAUUACGACAAGGAAAUUAUGUUGCCAUUGGUGAUUAUAUUCAGAAAUGAGGAAGGCACUGUCCUUUACAUCUAUACUAAGAGGCUCAAUUACUGUGACCCGUUGGCAAGCGAGAUAGUUGUUCUUAGCUGGGGUGCUACAAUUGCUAGAAACCUCAGCCUACACAAUGUUAUUUUUCAAUGCGACUCGGUCGACGCUGCUACUGCGGUGCUUAGGAAAAGCCAUGAGAUUCAGAUAGCUGUGGUGACUUCGUAA